UUUGGAUCAGCUGCAGCUGCUGUCCGAGUGAGUCCGGUCCGGCCGGAGAGAACCCGCCGCUGUCCGAGUGAGUCCGGUCCGGCUGGAAAGAACCCGCCGCUGUCCGAGUGAGUCAGGUCCGGCCGGAGAGAACUAGCUGCUGUCCGAGUGAGUCUGGUCCGGUCCGGCCGGAGAGAACCCGCCGCUGUCCGAGUGAGUCCGGUCCGGCCGGAGAGAACCCGCCGCUGUCCGAGUGAGUCCGGUCCGGCCGGAGAGAACCCGCCGCUGUCCGAGUGAGUCCGGUCCGGCCGGAGAGAACCCGCCGCUGUCCGAGGGAGUCCGGUCCGGCCGGAGAGAACCCGCCGCUGUCCGAGUGAGUCCGGUCCGGCUGGAAAGAACCCGCCGCUGUCCGAGUGAGUCAGGUCCGGCCGGAGAGAACUAGCUGCUGUCCGAGUGAGUCUGGUCCGGUCCGGCCGGAGAGAACCCGCCGCUGUCCGAGUGAGUCCGGUCCGGCCGGAGAGAACCCGCCGCUGUCCGAGUGAGUCCGGUCCGGCCGGAGAGAACCCGCCGCUGUCCGAGUGAGUCCGGUCCGGCCGGAGAGAACCCACCGCUGUCCGAGGGAGUCCGGUCCGGCCGGAGAGAACCCGCCGCUGUCCGAGGGAGUCCGGCCCGGCCGGAGAGAAUCAGCUGCUGUCCGAAAAUCUGAACCAAUUUACAAAGCUGUCCAGUAUCUGUGUUAACUGGCACUGAGCGAUCACAGGCAAUUUCAGGAGGAUUGUGACUCAUUUUUGUGAUCCUACUGCCACUCAGCUCGUGAGCGAUGGUGGAGUCAGAGAGGUUUCAGUUUGCUAUCGACCGGGGUGGGACUUUCACAGACGUCUUUGCCAGGUGUCCCGGGGGUAAGGUUCGAGUUAUGAAGCUGCUUUCUGAAGACCCAGCCAAUUACCGAGAUGCUCCCACAGAGGGCAUCAGGAGGAUACUACAAGAGGAGAAUAGAAUUCCGGUUCCUCAGGAUCAGCCAAUGGACACCUCCAGGAUCGACUGGAUCCGGAUGGGAACAACUGUUGCAACAAAUGCACUGCUGGAGCGGAAGGGAGAGCGAAUUGCGCUGGUGAUCACCAAAGGGUUCAAGGACUUGCUGCAUAUUGGUAACCAGUCCCGGCCGAAGAUAUUCGACUUGGAGAUUGUGAUGCCGGAGGUAUUAUAUGAAGAGGUGAUUGAAGUUGAUGAGCGAGUGGUUCUACAACAGGAGGGUUGCCAGCUACCUAAACAGGCUGGAUUGGAGACAGUCGUGGGAUCCACGGGAGACCGUGUGGAAAUUUGGAGAGCAGUGAACAUGAAACAGCUGGAAGGGCAGCUGUUGGGGGUCCUAUCGAGGGGCAUCCAGAGCCUGGCAGUGGUCCUGCUGCAUUCCUACACUUGGUCUAAUCAUGAAAAACAGAUUGGAGAAUUGGCGAAGAGGCUUGGGUUCAAACACAUCUCCCUCUCCUCAGAAGUGAUGCCCAUGGUGCGUGCUGUGCCUCGUGGUUACACUGCCUGUGCUGAUGCCUACCUGACGCCAUGCAUCAAGAGAUACCUCAACGGCUUCUGUGCGGGGUUCCAGGACAGUCUCAAAGAUGUUCGGGUGCUGUUCAUGCAGUCUGAUGGUGGGCUGACUCCAAUGGAGAGCUUUAAUGGGUCUCGGGCCAUCCUGUCAGGGCCAGCGGGUGGUGUUGUGGGCUACGCAAUCACCACAUACGGAGAAGGGUGUGCAGAGCCGGUCAUCGGCUUCGAUAUGGGUGGCACAUCAACAGACGUGAGCCGCUAUGCAGGAGAAUACGAGCACGUGUUUGAGGCCACGACUGCAGGAAUCACUGUCCAGGCCCCUCAGCUUGAUGUCAACACCGUGGCAGCUGGUGGAGGCUCCAUCCUCUCGUUCAGGUCAGGGCUGUUUGUUGUUGGUCCAGAAUCAGCUGGAGCUCAUCCGGGUCCCACCUGCUAUCGGAAAGGGGGGCCACUCACUAUCACCGAUGCCAACCUUUGCCUUGGGCGACUGUUGCCGGAUUAUUUUCCCAAAAUCUUCGGAGCCACGGAAGACCAGCCACUGUGGAGGGAAGGGACUCUUGAGGGGUUCCAGGAGGUUGCAGAAAGAGUCAACACCUUCCUCUGUGACCAAUCACAGGAUGAUGAGGAGAAACGCUUUGGCCAAUCGCAGAAGACUGUGGAAGAAGUUGCCCUGGGAUUCGUCCGGGUGGCCAACGAAUCAAUGUGUCGACCAAUCAGAGCUCUUACUCAGGCUAAAGGUCACGAUACCUCACGCCACGUACUGGCAUGUUUCGGAGGUGCUGGAGGGCAGCAUGCCUGUGCUAUUGCCCGAUCCUUGGGCAUGAAAACCGUCUUCAUUCACAAGUACGGCAGUAUCUUAUCAGCCUAUGGGAUGGCCUUGGCGGAUGUAGUCCAUGAAGCCCAGGAACCGUGCAGUGUGGUAUAUGAAGCAGGCUCAUACUCUUUUCUGGAUGAGAGAAUAGCAGUGCUGGAGAAGCAGUGUGUGGCCGCACUCUGUGCUCAGGGAUUUCACAGGUGUCAGAUCAGCACUGAGGCGUUCCUCCACCUGCGAUACGAUCGAACCGACUGUGCCCUCAUGUGCUCUGCCAGUGGUCAUCCUGCCCGCCAGGAUCCUGACUCCUGUCGCUAUGGAGACUUUCAGGCUGCCUUCACCAGCAGGUAUAUGAACGAGUUUGGCUUCAUAAUACCGGAACGGCCAAUCAUUGUGGACGACAUUCGUGUGCGUGGCAGUGCCAAGUCAGGUGUCCAGGCAGAACAAAGAAUGCAGCCCAGUGGGAGAGCAGCUCGUGUGGAAACUGUCGUAAAGUGUUACUUUGACAAUGGCUAUCUAGAUACUGCUGUAUACCUGCUGGAGGAGCUGUCAUGUGAUAACACCGUUUGUGGACCUGCAAUCAUCAUUGAUAAAAACAGCACUAUCUUGAUUGAACCAGGCUGUGUCGCUGGCAUCACCCAGCACGGUGACAUCAAAAUAACUGUCGGCAGUGGGAAGGCACAAUCUAUUGGGCCCAAACUGGACACAAUCCAGCUCUCUAUCUUCUCCCAUCGCUUCAUGAGCAUCGCAGAGCAGAUGGGUCGUAUACUACAACGAACUGCCAUCUCCACCAACAUCAAGGAGCGACUGGACUUCUCAUGUGCACUGUUUGGUCCUGCGGGUGGUCUGGUUUCCAACGCCCCCCACAUUCCUGUGCACCUGGGCGCCAUGCAGGAAACUGUGCAGUUCCAGAUUAAUCAUUUAGGUGAUGACCUCAAAGAAGGCGAUGUCAUCCUUAGCAACCACCCCAGUGCAGGAGGCAGCCAUCUUCCUGACCUGACUGUCAUCACGCCGGUUUUCCGGAAGGGUGUUUCUCGCGCGGUGUUUUUUGUUGCAAGCCGAGGGCAUCACGCUGACAUCGGAGGCAUCACCCCUGGGUCCAUGCCACCUCACUCCAAAUCCUUGCAGGAGGAAGGAGCCGUCUUCGUUUCAUUCAAGCUGGUGAAGGAUGGAGUCUUCCAGGAGGAGGCUGUUACCAAGGCACUCAUGGCCCCAGCGCAGAUCCCAGGCAGCAGCGGGACACGCAAUCUCCAUGACAACCUGUCAGAUCUGCGAGCACAGGUAGCAGCCAAUCAGAAAGGGAUCCAGCUGGUGAAUGAGCUGAUCGAUGUAUACAGUUUGGAGGUGGUCCAAGCUUACAUGUCCCACAUACAGAAUAAUGCUGAAGUCGCUGUGAAGGAGAUGUUGAGGGAGUUUUCCUGCCGACGCUGCCAGCAGGUGGAUGGAGUGGUGGAGGUUGAGUCUGAGGACCACAUGGACGAUGGGACGCCAAUCAGAUUAAAAGUGAAAAUCCACGAGGCAGAGGGGACUGCUUUGUUUGAUUUUACGGGCUCUGGACCAGAGGUAUUCGGGAAUUGCAAUGCCCCUCGAGCAAUCACCCUCUCUGCUGUCAUCUACUGCCUCAGGUGCAUGGUGGGACAGGACAUACCCCUCAACCAGGGCUGCCUGGCUCCAGUGAAGAUCAUCAUUCCGAGGGGAUCAAUCCUGGACCCAUCAGCAGAUGCUGCAGUUGUGGGUGGUAACGUGCUGACAUCACAGCGAGUCGUUGAUGUCAUAUUCAAGGCAUUUGAGGUCUGCGCAGCCUCGCAGGGCUGCAUGAACAACAUCACCUUUGGUAACGAUCGGGUAGGCUACUACGAGACAGUGGCCGGAGGCUCUGGAGCAGGUCCUCGAUGGGAUGGGCGAGGAGGGGUUCACACCCACAUGACCAACACACGCAUCACGGACCCCGAAAUCCUGGAGAAAAGGUAUCCUGUGAUCCUGAAGAGAUUUGAGCUGAACCCUGGAUCCGGGGGCAAAGGUCGCCACCAUGGGGGUGAGGGGGUCAUUCGGGAGCUGCUCUUCCGGGAGAGGAUGGUCUUAUCAGUGCUGACAGAAAGGCGAGCCUUCUGCCCCUACGGACUAAAUGGAGGGAAGCCAGGAGCCCGAGGACUCAAUCUGCUGGUCCGUGAGGAUGGAAGGACCAUCAAUCUCGGAGCAAGGACAUCUGUUGCUGUUAGGGCUGGGGAUGCUUUUCUGUUGCACACGCCUGGAGGUGGAGGUUGGGGCCAGGCUGAAGAUGUGAUGGAGAAACGUGAGGGUUUUCCAGGAUUGACAUCAGCGAAUCAGAAAUCAGGAGUGGCCUUUGUUGAACAGGGAAGUCUGUUCGAAUAUAAACAGACCCAAGAGUCGGUAUGAUCGAGACCACUGGACACUCCAGGAAAAACCCCUUCUCUCCUUCUUUUUCGUUCCUGGACACUUAAAUAGAUUGAUUGAUGGAUUGAUUACCUCACUCACAUUUGAUAUCCCCAGCAAAUUCUGGGAUAUGAAGAUAGUCCCAAGCGUAUCUAAGAGCUUUCACUAUCCCUCUCCCACCCCACCCCACCCCACAGGAUGGGAAUACAGAAAGACCACCUCAGGACAUCCCAAAGCACUUUACAGCCAGUGAUAUACUUCAUAAAGUGUGCUCAUUAUUGCAAUGAGGGAAAUGCGACAGCCAAUUUACAUAGCAGCAAAAUCCCUCAAACAGCAGUGAAAUGAAUGACCAGAUCAUCCAUUUGCAGUCUUGCUUGGCGGCAUCUGUGGAGACAGAAGAGUGAAUGUUUUAGGUCACGAUGACCCUUCGUCAGAACCCAGGGGAGUUAGAAAUGUGAUAAGUUUUAAGGAAAUGGAAGGGAGGGGAGGGUGUGGGAGCACAAAAGGGAAGGUAUGUGACAGGGUGGAGGGCAGGAGAGAUUAGAUGACACAAGGUUUCAUGGUAUAAAAGUCAAAGGAAGGAGUAAUGUGUAAAGUAAAGAAACAAAAUAUGUGUCCAGAUGAAGUGUGAAUGGCUGCAAGGUGAAGGAAUAAAGAAAGAUACGAGACAAAACCAAACCAGCAAAAUAAACACACAAAACAAAAUGGAGACAGGGGUUAUGAUCUGAAAUUGUUGAACUUAAUGUUGAGUACAGAAGGCUGCAGAAUGCCAAGUCGAAAUGGAGCAGGAGUAGGCCAUUUGGCCCUCAAGCCUGCUCUGCCAUUCAGUAAGAUCCUGGCUGAUCAGAUGGUGGCCUCAACUCCACAUUCCUGCCCAGCCCCUUCAUUACCCUUGACCCCCACCCCCCACCACCGCCCUUGUAAAUUAAAAAAACUGUCUUACUCAGUCUUGAAUAUAUUCAAUGACCCAGCCUCUACUGUGCGCUGUGGAACAGAAUUCUGAAGAUUAAUGACCCUCUGAGAGAAGAAAUUCCUUCUCAUCUGUCUUAAAUGGGUGACCCCUUAUCUUUAAACCAUUCCCCCUAUUUUAGACUCCCCCACAAGGAGAAACAU